AUGGACGGCGUCUCCGCCGCCAGCAGCGUUGCUGGCCUCGUCACUCUGGCCUUGCAAGUCAGUGCGACCAUAGCAAUGUACGUCGGUGCCAUCAAGGAACGCACCAACACGAUCAGGGACUUGCAUGAUGAACUCCUUCUGUUGGGUGAAGUCCUUAGUGGACUGCGAGACUUUAUGGAGAGUGAAAAAAUCAAGGGUCGAGCUCUCGACACCCAGUCGGUGCUCUCCCAGGCCAUCAGAGACUGUCGGCACCGGAUGGAGCGCAUUGGCGACAGAUUGAAACCCUCGACAGGGGGCAAACUUGCUCGUGCGAUUGACCAGUUGAAGUGGCCUUUCGAGCAGAGGGAAGUCAUGCAGAUGGUGGACAACCUUCGACGAUAUACCCAGACGUUUCAGUUUGCUUUCACAAUGGAAGGCUUCACCUUGUUGUCCAAGGCCUCCGAAGAUGCCACCAAGGGCCUGGAAGAGAUGCUCCUGAUUUCGAAGAAGAUGAGCGAAUUGUCGGCUCAGAUGGGCCGGUCUGCGGACGAGUCAUCGAAACUUACAGGUCAACUCGAGGCAAUCAUUGGCCUUGUUCCGAUCCUCGCGAGAACGGCCACCGAAGUCAAUGAGAUCUCCCAAGCCACGCGACUGGCCGAACUGAGAGAGCAAGAGAGACGCACCACCGAUAUCCUGGACUGGCUGGCUCCUCUCUCGUCGCUACACAAGCAUCGGGAUCUGCAAGUGCGUCGAGCCGAAGGCACGGGCCGAUGGUUUCUUGAACAUCCCGAGUUCGCUCGCUGGGUUAGCAGCGAUUCCAAACACGAUCUUCUCUGUGCUGGAGGUCCUGGUGCGGGCAAGUCAGUCCUGUGCUCUCAUGUCAUCGACUAUCUGCGUGCCAGAUUUAAAGACCAACAGGUCGCCAUAGCCUUCUACUACUACGACUAUUCAGACCAACAGUCGCAGAAUCCAUCCAGCUUUGCAAGACUGCUUUUACGCCAACUCAGUUCCCACGGCGAAGUGGUCCCUUCCGCUGUUGCUGAGUUUUACCAACGCACUAGGAACGCUGUCAAAGAUCAAACAUGGUUUCACGACUUGCUAACCAUCAUUCGUCGAGUGGUGGCAACCUUCAGCCAUUGUUUCAUCAUAGUCGAUGCUCUGGACGAAGCUGAUGUUCAAACCCAGCGCUCCGGCUUUUUUGAGGUUAUUGAUGCCAUAAGAAAUGCACCUGGGAGCACAGUGAAAGUUCUCGCCACGCUAAGACCUCAUGUUCUUAGCCUGAUCGCCAGGUUUCACAACCCUUCGAUAAUCGAUAUCGUAGCAAAUCCCGGCGAUAUUCGCCAGUUUUUGGUUCAGGCGAUAAAGGAGCAGCCCGAGUCCGAAUAUUUGAUGGAUGACAAACUCAGGGAACAUGUCCUGAAUACAUUGUGCACGAACGCAAAUGGCAUGUUCUUGCUACCUGCCCUUCAGAUAAAGACCAUUCUGGACCAGAUCACCAAGGCGGAUGUCAGGCGAGCAUUACUCCAUCUCUCUACCGAUCUGACUGACGCCUUCCAAUCAACCAUCCGGAGAAUAUCUACCCUGCCCAAUGCAAGACGCGACCUUGCAUUCAGAACACUGAUGUGGGUAUCUCACGCUCGGAGGCCUAUGACUGUGGCAGAGUUACAGCACGCCAUGGCGUUACGGCCUGAGGACAGCGAUCUCGACCGGGACAAUCUUCCUUCGGUAAGAACGCUCAUAGACUGCUGUUGCGGGCUAGUCGAGGUAGACUAUGAAAGCUCAAUUAUACGGUUGGUACAUCACUCGCUAGAGGAGUAUCUCCGUGACCACGACCACGGUCUCUUCAACGAUGCCAACCUCCUCAUCACGAGGACGUGUCUUCAAUACAUGAUGCUGGAUUCGUUGAGAGACUUACCUUACAAGAGUCGGAAAGAUUUCGGAAUGGCGCUGGAGGAUCUUGCAUUCUUACAGUAUGCCGCGCUCGAAUGGGGCCAUCAUGCAUACCGUGUGCCCGCCGAAGAGCUGAAGGACCUCGCCCUUCCACUCCUGUCCGACAGCGUCUGGUUGAACAAUAUCGCCCGAGUCUUGGAUUUUCAAGCUGCGGAUCUGGGCAAAUGGAACGACAAGGCCUGGGCGUGGGCCUGUUCUGGUGGUGCUGGAAUCUCGCUGGCGGCAAGAUUUGGACUCGCCGAGCUCCUGAAAAUCCUGAUUACAGAAAACCAACAUAACCUGCACCUCGACGCGCGUAACAUCUACGGAAGCACAGCUCUGCACGAGGCAGCUUUCUACGGCCAUCAGGAGGUCGCGGAAAUCCUGAUUGCGAACGGGGCCAAUCUCCUGGACACGAACUACGGUCAGAGCACUCCAUUGUUCCUCGCCGUCUCCUACGGUCAGCUCGAGAUGGUCAAACUACUUCUAAGGUACGGACGAGAUCAACUCGACUGCCCCGGCCCCAAUGGGUUGACAGCUUUGCACAAGGCUGUGGAGCAAGGAAACGAAGAAAUGGUCACCAUCCUUCUCGACGCAGGAGCAUUGGUUGGCGCCACCGACAACCAAGGAACGACUGCUCUACACGUUGCUGCUCUUCGUGGCUCCCUCCCCAUCGCCCAGCUACUGGUGCGUGCCGGCGCUGUCGUCCACGUGAGGGACAAGGACCGUCUCUGUCCGCUCGACUAUGCCGCCACCGGGGGCUUCACUGAUGUGGUUGCUUUUCUCCUCGAGAAUGGGGGCAGCAUGUUCCACAAAGGCCGGGAACGAUGGACUCCUCUCCACCGUGCCGCUCGAGGCGGGCACACCGAGACAGUUGCAUUCUUCCUGCAGCGAGAUGCGGACGUGCUCGCGACGGAUUUUAGGGACAACAUCCCUCUCCAUCUGGCCGUGCGGUCGGGCAAUUUCGAAACCGUGAGGACGCUGCUGGAGCAGAACACCGACCCGGCCGUCAAACGCGCACAACUCCUCGCGCAGGACCAGAAGGGCUCCACCCCGCGCGUCGUCGCCUUCUUCACCGCCCACUACGACAUCCACAAGUACCUCCGCGCCGCGGAGUGGCAGGUCCAAGGCAUCACGUCACCGAGCCGCGCCAAUCAACUCACCACGGCGAUCGAGCAGGGCGACCUGCAGGCGGUCCGUGCCCAUCUGGACCAGAACCCGGACUCGCUGACCACGCUCGACGAAGACGGCCAGCCGCCGCUGCACGUCGCGCUGCAGGAGAACCAGCAACACAUCGUCGCGUUCCUGCUGUCCCGCGGCGCCUCUGUCGAGGCUCAGGGCUACCACGGCUGGCGCGCGCUGCACAUCGCCGCCUCGCUGGGGAACUUGGCCCUGGUGGAACUGUGCCUGUCGCACGGGGCGGCGGUCGACACGCGGACGAACACGCGCCAGACGGCCCUGCACAAGGCGGCCUCGUCGCACUCGGUGGCCGUGGUGCGGCGCCUGCUCGCGGCCGGCGCGGACCCGACGGCCGUCAACGAGCGCGGCAUGACGGCGCUGCACAUCGCCGCGCACCAGAACGAUCUGGCCAUCGUGCGCCUGCUCGUCGGCGAGUGCGCCCAUGUCAACAUCCUGGCCCGCGACCGCCAGGGCUUGACCGCCGCCAUGUGGGCCGAGAGGUCCGCCCACCUCGACCUCCACGCCUUUCUGCGCGCCGAGGAGCGCAAGGUCAAGCGGCGGAAACAACGAGCCCGGGCAGUACACCAGCACGAGCAGAACGAGCAGCACCUCCAGACCCCGCCGCCGCCGCCGCCGCCGCCGCUGCAAUCACGGACACCGAGCACGGAGAGUCUGGGUCGAAAGGGGGGCCUUCGGGACGCUUUGAGCGAUACCCACGAUAAAGACGGCGCAUCCCAGUGCGAAGGAACGCUGUCGGGAAGUCCGCAAUAUGAAGAAGGGGAAAAUGCAAUGAAUCUUUAUGAGAGCCAGUUAGGUAGGUAG